AAAAGUCAAAAAAGUGCGAAAAAAUCUGAAAGUAGACAUGAUGGAGGCAAUUUAAAAAAGGAGGAAAAGAGGAAUAAUGAAAUCAUUGAUCACAAUGAAAUUAAUCUUGCCGAAAUCAAAGAAUAUUCCCAAAGCAAAAUGGCAGUACAAGAAAUUACGGACAAGAAGGAAGUAAAAUCAGAGACCAAAAGGUAUAUUAAACAUGGUAACCGUAAGAUCAUAAACACUUUACUAUCAAGUAUGAGUUUGAAAGAGAGAUCAGAAUUAUUAGGGGCGAAUUUCCUACUUCCACCUUUACCAACGACACCUUCGAUAUUUGAUUAUGCGUCGUACAUUAAACAUUUGGAUUAUUAUUCGAUGGUUGUCUCGAUAGAAGAAUGGUUAAAUGAAACAUAUUGUUUGAAUUUAGAAACAAAAAAGUCAGAGACAGAUUACAGUGGGUUCGAGGCGAAAGAAGAAAAUCGAAAUAUAUCAGAAUCUAAUAAUGUAAAAGAAAAAAUGCCAAUAAGUGAAUUGGUGUAUACUACAAUGCGGGCACUAUUUACAAUGUUUAAAGAUCACGGAGCGAGAUUGACCAGUCUUAGUGUGAUGACUUAUUCGGACGGUAGUAAAUAUGAUCAGGAUUUUUACAGAUUGUUAAGCAAAAGCCGAUUUUUACCUUUGGUAUCUUCAAUAAGAAGUCUAGAAGUGAAUACGGAUUAUUGUAGUUUCUCGUUUAUAAUGAAUCUUGCAAGGAUAUGCACCGGCUUAGAAUUCAUACACGCCCAAAAGGAGGAAACCGUCGGCAAAAAAACUCUGCCGAUUUCAA